AUCAGAUCUGGUAACUGUAGGCCAAGUACUGGUAGACUCAAGACACAAUGUGUGUUGAAGCUAUUCUCUUUGAAGAAGUCAUCUCGACAGGAUCUUCCAGCUCCAGCUAUAAAACUUCACCAAACAUGGAUCUACCUAGUACAUCAAAUGGUCUUCAGGGAAAAUUCUUGAGGAGAUGCACAAGCUGCAAACAAUGUGUGCAUGUCCGAAGCAAUGUUUGCAAGUUCUGCCAGUGUGACUUCCGAAACAGUAGAGAAUUAAUGAAGAAAGAAGAGGAAGCCCGUUUUCUACUUAAAGGCAAGAAGGCUUUAGAACGAAAUACAGAGACAUUAAACGAAACGAAAGACAUUACUUCCGUUUAA